UGUAAGUUUGCGAGGUUUUCUUUUCAAACGAGUUCAGUUUGGUCCCUCUAAUUUUGGACCCGCCCCGACCUGUGCCCACCCCUAGUUUGUAAACCUGUGCAAGUGCAAUACUGGGCUAAAUUUUGUGAAACCAAAAGCCCCACCAAAAGGGAGAAGCACACAUUUUUCCUUACGAAAUCAAACACUUGGCCUUGUGCAGUGCUCAGAGGAGAGGGACAUGGCUGCCACCAGUUUCUUAGCAGCGUCACUUGUAAGAAGAGCAACCGUGGCGUUUGCUCUCUCGCAUCCUCUUCUUCUGACAAGCAGCAAGCUUUCUUGCCGCAGGACCCUUAUCUCCUUUCCUCUCACUCCUCGCUUAAGUUCUUCAGCUUCAGAAAUAUGCCAUUUAGCUCAAGCUAUAAAGGGGGAUGUUGAUGGUUUGCUUAAGGGAGUGGCAGACAAAACUGUUAUUGAAGAAGUAAAACGUGUUCUCGAGAUGGCUAGACGUGCAUCAUCGAGAAGGGAGGUUCUCCAUACAAAUUUUCUCACCCCUCCAGUGGUGAAGGAGUCAAUGCUAGCAUUGGAAAAGCUAGCUGAUCUGAAAGUAGUUGUUCAAGGUGGAUACCCGCAGGCUGAGCGGUGUCGGAUUUCUGUAGGACAUCCGGAAGGAUUGACAAGUGAUCCUGAUGUAAUUGCAGCAUUGAGUAUCACAGGAAACUUCGGGUUCCAGCCUUGUUCUCAUGGUGAUUUCCUAGGCGCAAUUCUUGGUACAGGGAUUUCUAGGGAGAAGCUUGGAGAUAUUAUCUUGCAGGGGGAGAAGGGAGCUCAAGUCAUUGUUGUUCCAGAACUUGUUGACUUCAUCAUAUCAUCACUCGACAAGGUUAGUAAUGUGCCAGUAUCUUUUAAGAGGAUACCACUGAUUGCUCUUGAUUAUGAACCGCCAAGGACUAAGUCGUUCAAAACCAUAGAAGCAUCAGUGAGAGUUGAUGCUAUAGCUAGUGCAGGAUUUAAGUUAUCACGGACAAAACUAGUUGAUCUUAUUCGUGAUGGUGAUGUGCGUGUGAACUGGACCCCUGUUACUAAAAAUGGAGCUACACUCAAGACUGGUGAUAUUGUGUCGGUUAGAGGUAAAGGAAGACUAAGGAUAGGAGAAAUUAACCCUACGAAGAAGGGGAAAUUUGCAGUUGAGCUCAUUCUUUAUCUGUAAGUUUUCGAAACGGGGAACACUCUAACAUUACUGUUCAUGGGAUCUAAACGAGUCUUGAGGUGGCGUUUUUGUAGCCUAAAACCCAGAGGUUUUAUUCCAAAGAUCAAGCAUAUGCUGCAUCCAAGUUUGGCUCUCUUUUGUAAGUCCAAAUGUGUACAUAUUAUAUUUUCCCUACUUUUUUUUAAUUUUGUGCAUUAAUUGUUGUAUUUUCUAUACAAUUAUUAAGCAAAUACAUUUUACAGA